GAUUGGUUUAGUUAAUUGACGUCAUUCCGGCUCCGGAGAAACGAAGCCGGUGUCUUAGGCGAUGACUUCGAAAGUAAUCUCCUAAAAAGUUGCUUUAUAAUAAAGCUAUUAGUGCUUUUAAAACGGACCGAGCGCAGAUAAGAUUAACAUUUGUAUUUAUAUAUUUUUGUGAGGAUGGAUUACACGAAUCAGAGUGGGUUCAGACAGCGUAAGUUACAAGCCAGGUCGAGGAUGAGAGGUUCAGGCCCAGACUCCGGUGAAUCCAGUCAGCUUUUCGAUGACACCAGUGCUGUUCGACACAACUCUGGACCUGGCAGCACGGACAAAGGAGGGAUGGAUUAUGCAGGCCAUGCCAUCCUAUCAGAUCCAAUGUCCAAUCUUGCUAUGGCCUAUGGGAGCAGCCUCGCAAGCCAGGGCAAACAAAUGAUGGAUAAAAACCUUGACCGUUUCAUCCCCAUCUCCAAACUGAAAUAUUAUUUCGCUGUGGACACCGUAUAUGUUGGCAAGAAGCUGGGACUGCUAGUAUUCCCCUAUAUGCAUGAGAACUGGGAAGUGAGUUACCAGCAGGAUACUCCAGUAGCUCCACGUUUUGAUGUCAACGCUCCGGACCUGUACAUUCCUGCAAUGGCUUUUAUCACGUAUGUCCUGAUUGCAGGCCUGGCCCUCGGCACACAAAACCGCUUUUCCCCUGAGAUCUUGGGGAUGCAGGCUAGCUCAGCGCUGGUCUGGCUCAUUAUUGAAGUUCUUGCCGUUCUCCUCAGCCUUUACCUGGUCACGGUGAACACAGAUCUCACCACCAUCGACCUGGUGGCUUUUUCUGGAUACAAAUAUGUUGGGAUGAUAGUAGGUGUGUUAGCUGGGCUCCUGUUUGGCAAGACAGGAUAUUAUCUCUCACUCUUCUGGUGCUGUGUUUCCAUUUUUGUCUUUACGAUCCGAACACUGAGGUUAAAGAUUCUGUCCGAGGCGGCCGCAGAGGGCGUUCUAGUCCGAGGAGCAAAGAAUCAGCUGCGCAUGUACUUAACCAUGGCCAUUGCUGCAGCACAGCCAGUGUUCAUGUACUGGCUAACUUUCCACCUGAUUAGGUAAGAAGUGGAUUUACACGGUGGGAGCAAUGAUGAUGAAGGACAUUACCACUACAGCCAUGACUGAAUCACUCCCUCAGCCGUCCUCAGAAAAGACUCAAAGCAAGGAGAGUCCAUUUGCACAAAUGCAAAGGAAUGAACAAGCAUUGUGAAGGCUUACAGUAAAACAGUAGCUGCUUUAGGUCAGUUACUUUCCACUUGUAUAUUUAUAAGAAGGACUGUUUGCUUUUUAUGUUUUUCUUUUUGUAUGAUGUCGUGCAAUUUAAUUUUUUUUUUUGUUUGUUUACACAAUGUGAACACUUGAAAUACAGUCUUAUGAGGUUUAUUUGAGCCAGUCUGCACAAUUUAGCCCAACACCCAGGUAACUACUCACCAAAUGCCUGUUUUGUCUUUGUUUUUGAUUGUGUCCAUUUGUAUCUGUGUAUGUUUAUGCAUUUCUCUGCUACUGAUUUUAAAAAAUAUGUCUAUGUAAUUACUGAAAAGUGCUUUAAACGAUGGAUUCCGGUGGCCUGGCAACCAAACUGCCUGCCAUUCAUUUUGUAAUUAAAAUAGUGGCACCCUG